UCUUCUCUUUCUUCUGUUCUCUACUUCUCUCUCUAUUACUGUAUUUAAUAUUUCAUCCCUCUUUUCUCUUUCUUCUGAAUUGCCCCUCCAUCGCCCUCCUGAUCUGCAUUCCCCCGGAAUCACACUACACUACCCCUGCAGGUACCUAUCACCCUCCACUCUAGUACCCCCUCCCCCCUUCUCCAUACACAGCGUCGCAUUCAGUUCGUGUCGUGAGACGGACAGGUCAUCUUCAACGGCAGACAUAAUCCUUCCAGACACAAGACACAAGACAAUCGUGAGAGAGGAAGCGUGUGUUGACAACCCGGUGGAUCUCGGCCGUCCCGAAAAGGAGAACAGUCUCCAUCGCAGCUGCCUCUGGCGGCCGAUCGUCAUUCUGCUUUCCGACUCCAGGCCAGCUCAGCGUCUUCUCCGGUUCCCUUCUCUCUCGCUCGCUCUCGCUCCGAUUCUCUCGUCUCCUUCUCUGCCAAUGACCUGAUUGUCCGUCCGCACGCCGACACUUGGAAUAUCGCGGCAUUGAACCGAACGCGACGUUGUCUAUUUUUCUCUGUCUCGUUUCUUUUUCUUUUUUGGGUUCCCCCAGACUAACGGGAACCUCCUUUUCGCUAGAUUCCUGCUGAAGAGUCCCUCCCCCGAUUCGUCAGUCCCUGACUUUUCUGACUCUCUCCCUCUCUCUCUCUCCCUUCGACAAAUACAAGAUGGCUUCGACGGAAGAGCCCAUCCCAACCGCCGCCCCUGCGGAGGUCCCUGCGGAGGUCCCUGCCGCGGAAGCCCCCCCCGCGGAGGCGCCUGCCCCGACCGAGGCUCCCGCCGAGGUCGACUCGGACACCGCUCCCCCGGCCACCCCCGUCGACUCGACCGUCCUCUCCGGCAGUGAAGAGCCCGUCACCAGCCCGGACGCCACCAAGGACAAGGAAAAUGUCAAGACCUCCCCCGCCAAAUCCACCACGGCCACCAAGCGUCCCGUGUCCGGUACGACGGCGGCGAAGCGGCCCAGCUCCAUCUCGAGCACCUCCAAGACCACCACGGCCCGCACCUCCACCACCGGCGGCACCCUGAGCCGCCCUCCCACCCGGCCGUCCACCACCUCCACCACCAGCUCGACUCGCCGCCCGCUCAGCACCUCGACCACCGCCUCCCACCGGUCGCGCGCUUCGGUCAGCAGCUCCGCCGAUGAGAAGGCCCGCUCCAUUGCCAGCUCCGGCGACGAGAAGCGGGGCAUCGCCGGCACCGCCAAACGCAUGUCGCUCGCCGGCACCGCCAGCACCCGCCCGUCCACCCGGCCCAGCACCAGCACCGUCGAUCGCCGGUCCAGUGUCGCCGCCUCCUCCACCGCCGAGAAGCGGUCGUCCGUCGCCCGGGCCCCGUCCACCGCGACCCGCCCCGCCGCGCGCACGUCCACCGCCGGUACCACCGCCCGCCCCGCGACCUCCACCACGGCUCCGCGGACGAGCACCACCACCACCCGGCCAACCACCACGGCCACCCGGCGACCCGCCACCGCGGCCCGGAGUGCCGAGGACGAGGAGAAACUGCAGACACUCCAGGCGAAACUCACCGAGAGCGAGGCCACCGUGUCCGGUCUCAAGACCGAGUUGGACGAGGUGAACCAGCGCCUCACGCAACUGUCGCUCUCCGGCGAGUCCGCCGACGCCAAGGGCGGCGAGUCCGCCGACGCCAAGGGCGGCGAGGCGGCGACCCAGGAACUUCAGGAGCAGCAUGCCGCGGCCCUCCAGGAAUUGACGGCCCGUCACACCGAGCAGCUGCAGGCCAUCGAGGCCCAGCUCGAGGCCGCCGAGGCGGCGCGCAAGGACGUCGAGGAGAAGGCCGCCCGGGACUUGGACGAGGCGGCGAAGGCGGCCGCUGCCCAGGGCGACGACCAGGCCGCGGCGGCCCUCGAGGAGCUGAAGCAGACGCACCAGACGCAGCUCGAAUCCCUCCAGCAGCAACUGGCCGGGCUCGCGGAGGAAUUGGAGUCCCAGAAGCAGCGCAACGAGGCCGCCGCCAAGGGAUUCGAGGAGGACAAGGCGCAGGCGCUGGAUGACCUGGAGAGCGAGCUCAAGGGUCGAGACCAGGUGAUCAAGGACCUCAACGUCGAGAUGGAUAAGCUCCACCACGCCAAGGAGCAGGAAUCCGAGGCCGCCCAGCAGGCCGCCCAGCAGUCCGUGGCCGCCCUCGAGGAGAAGGUCGCCGGACUCGAGUCGCAGCUGGCGGCGGCUCACGCGGCGUCCACAGGCACCGAGGACUCGGCCGCGCUCCUGGCCGGCAAGGAGCAGGAAGUCGCCGACCUGAAGCAGGCGGCCGAGAAGGCGCAGGCCGAGCUCCAGGAGGCCCGCGACGCGGCCGGCAAGGAGCUCGACCAGAAGAUCCAGGAACUGAACGCCGCCCACGACGCCGCCGUCGCCACGCUGAAGGCGGAGCAGGAGGCGGCGGUCGCGGCCGCGGCCGCGUCCCACGCCGAGGAACUGGCCACGGCCAAGGACGCGGCGGCCUCGGCGGAGUCGGCCGGAACCUCGCACGCGCAGCAGCUGCAGGAACUCCGGGACGCGCUGGAUGCGGCCGAAGCCCACGCUGCCAAGGGCCGCGACGACGCCCUCGCCGAGCUGCAGGCGACGCACCGCGCGGAGCUGGAGUCGCUGCAGCAGAAGCUGGACGCGUCCGAGCAGUCCGCGCAGCAGGUUGGGGAGGACCGGGCCCACGAGGCCGAGGCCGUGGCCGUGCAGGAGAUCGAGUCGCUCAAGGAGAAGGUGGGCGCCUUGGAGUCACAGCUGUCGGCCGAUCGGACUGAGAUGAAGACCCUCGAGUCGGAGAUCCAGAGCAAGCAGGCCGAGGCCGAGGCCCUCCAGCAGAGCCUCAUCGCCUUCGAGGCCCAGACCCAGGCCAAGGAUGCCGAGCAGGCCAGCCAGCACAAGACCCUGGAGGACCGGGUCGCCGCCGCGGAGCAGGCCCUCGAGGCUCAGCGGGCGGACGCCGCGACCGCGGCGGAGCAACACGCCCAGGCGCUCGACACGCUCAAGGCCGAGCAUGCCUCGGCGCUGGCGCAGGCACAGACGGCGGCCGCGGGCGCCGAUGACGCCCACGCCCUGCAGGAAUUCCAGGCCAAGUACGAUGAGCUGCUGGCGACGAACAAGCGCCUGGAGUCGAGCCACGCGGAGGUGGUCCAGGCCCUCGAGGCGGAGCUCCAGUCGACCCGCGAGCGCCACGCUGCGGAGAUCGCCACCCACACCGAGUCCCGGGACCAGGCCGUCGCCGAUCUUCACAAGGAGUUCGCGGAGACCAAGGCUCAGCUGGAGGCGGAGCUGACCACGUCCCGCACCUCCCGCACCUCCGAGGCCGACGCCGAGCACAGCCAGGCGAUCGAGGCGAUCCUCAGCACCCAGGACGCGAAGCUCUCGGGCCUGCGGGCGGAGCUGGAGGAGGCCCACACAGCCAAGCUCGACGAACUGCGGCAGUCGCACGAGGCGGCCCUGGCGGCGGUCCACAGCCAGCUGGCGGAAGCACAGACGACGGCCGUGCCGGAUAACUCGGCCGUGGACGGACUGACGUCCACCGUGGCGGAGCUGGAGCAGAAGCUCGCCGCAGCGGAGCAGGCGGCGGUCGCGGCGCGGGAGGAGCAGGCCAGCCAGCACCACACGGCCCUGAGCCAGCUGGAGGCCGAGAAGGCCGAGUGGGCGCAGAAGCACGAGGCGGCCGCCGCGCGGGUGGCGGAGCUGGAGCAGUCGGUGGCGGCGUCGGCGGACCGGCCGUCGGACCUGGCGGCGCUCCAGCAGCAGCUCAGCGCGUCGCAGGAGCAACUGGACCAGGUGAAGGGCAAGCACGAGCAGGCGACGGGGGCGCUGGACCAGCUCCAAGCGCAGAACAAGACGCUGAGCGACAAGCUGUCGGAAGGCGAGCGGGAUCUCAACGACCAGAUCGACAAGAACAUGUCGCUGCUGAACCAGCUGGGCGAGGUGGACUCGGCGAUCGCCAGCAGCCGCAAGCGUGUGCGGGAGCUGGAAGCGGACCUCGAGGCGCUGCGGGCGGUGCAGGGCGAGGGUAAAGAUCCGUCGGUGGGGUUGGAGGGCAGCCGAUGGGCGUCCGAGGACGAGAAGAAGGCGGCGGCGGGCGGAGAGGCGGGCAGUCCGGCCGGAGAAGGUGAGGAUCUUGGUUCAUCCAUCGAGGGAACGAUGGCCAGCAUUCAGGAGCAGCUUAAGCAUAUUCGCUCGGCCAACGAUGAUUGGUAUGAUGAGCACCGACGGUUGAUUGGCGAGCUCACGCAGCUGUCCCAACGCGGGACUCCCCACAUGCGGAGUCAGACGUCGACGCCAGGGCUCGAGCGGGUGCUCUCCAGCGCGGAAGUGAAGACGCGACCGGAGUAAGAAGGGUGAUGAAACCGGUGGGGCUGGAGGAGUCACUCAUUUUCCUUUGUUCAAGGUGGACAGGAUGGUAUUCGGAUAAUGUUGUAUUGGCUAGGAAGAAUUGUAUGUAUAAUCAGAUAAUCAGGAUACCCCU